ACGCAAGGGACAUUGGGAUUUAAGGUUCAACAUGGCGGUUGAUGCAUCUGAUACAGCAUGGAGAAUUUAACUGGACUAUCUGUGCUGUAAAAGUAUUGGACAGAAAAGAUGAAGACAUACUUGAGUACUAGUCCACAUCCAUUCAUCUUUGUUUUAAGCAUCAAAAGAGUAUAUUACCACCCUAUUUUCAGAGUCUUAGCAUCGAUGUACUUUUUGUCAGACCACAAAGCAUUUACGAACAUGUAAUUUUUAUAUAGGUCUGAUAAAGAGCAAGUCUAAUGAAGUUUAAACGAAGCUGACCUAAAACAACUUUAAAAUGUCUCUAAAAUCUUAUCGACCCAUACGUAUGAAACAAGAACUGCCAUCCAGUACUUCAUCAGCUGUUCCUGUGUGUUUUGUAUGUGGAAAUGAAGGCAUAAGGCUAUAUCCAUUAUACUCAAAACCUUGGGAUGGUGGACCAUUUUUUCCAUUUUUGGAACACCAUCAAUGUCCUCAAGGUGCAAGUCCAAUUUCAUCUAAUGGAAUAGCUAUGGCUUGUAUGGUUUGCUAUUCUUUCCUAACUCAGCAGUGGGAAUCGUAUGAAAAAAGUCGAACUUCUCAUGACAGAAGACUUUAUUGGUUGAAACGUUGUGACAAUGGUCCUUUUGCUGGAAUUGAGUUUGGAGUACAGUCAGAAUAUGCCUCCCAAGUGUUAGGUAUACCUCAGUCUGGUUCUUCUGAAUCAGCUCGUCAAAUUCCUUAUAGAUUUUGCAGCAUGGUUGAUGAAGUCUCGCAGCCUGAUCAAAUGGAGAGGAUUGAGUCUAGAGAUUCAAACUGUAGCAGUUUCUCUAAUCAUAUUGAAAGAUCUCAGCCAACUCUUGAAGAUAGUGAAGCCUUAGAUCUUAGUGUAUCAAACCGAACGUCCUUUCUUGAAUCUCCUUCAGCUAGUAUGGAGGUUUGUUAUGUGUGUGCAGGUACUUUCCCUAAGGGAACUUUAGUUAAUGUAUAUGCCAAACCCAUAGCCAAUUGUCCAUUUUUUCCAAGUUUGGCCAUUCAUCCAAAACCUUCUAAAGCCAAGUCUAUGGAUUCGUCAGGCAGAGUGAAAACUUGCGAAUCUUGUCAUAGAUUUCUCCUGUGUCAAUGGGAUGCUUAUCAACAGCAGAAUAUUCCACAUGCAGAACGCAGCUAUUAUAUAGCAGGCAAGGAAAAUCGUCUUACAUCACUAGAUAAAAACAAUCAUUGUUCCAAGAUCCUUCAUGAAGAACCUGGCUUUGUUUGCUUCACUUGUGGAAUAGAACAUCCAUUUUCUCUGCAACGAGACAUUUAUGCAUACCCACAGCCAGAAAAAAGCCCUUAUUUUAAAUUCCUCAGACGUUUGAAACCAAACCCUGGUUCAGUUCCUAUGUCUUCCCAUGGAAAAGUUGUGGUUUGUGCGUAUUGUCAGAAGUUUUUCUUGGAGCAGUAUCAAAACUUUGAAAUAUCAUGUACACCAGAAGAGAAAAGAGUGUACAGACUUCCAAGAGAAAAUUCUAGCAAAACUUCAUUUCUUCAGCAGAACUGUAAUCCUGUUCAGCAGGAGAUGGUAUCUGGAAGUUUUGGGUGUUAUUUGUGUAAAAAGCCAACUGCUAUUAAUCAGCUGUUCUUGGUGUCUUCCAGACCUGAGAAUGGUACCAUGUUUUUUCCAUUUUUAAGAGACCUCCCCAAACCAGCAAAUGCCAAACCAAUGGACUAUUAUGGACAAGUUUUAACAUGUUUGGAUUGCCAUGGAAUUUUACAAAAUCAAUGGGAAGCAUUUGAAAUGGCUAAUGUCCCACAUCAACAAAGACAGUAUUUUUUACACUCUACAAAAUCGGCAAGUCUUGAUCAUACUGGGAUUUCAGGAAAGUUGAGUUGCCCUGAAAUUUCUUUAUCGCCUCAUAGCAGUAAUUCUGCACUGCACAUUCAAAUCUCCUCUCCUGAUAUGCAAAUUGAUACUGGAAGAAACAUAAAAAACCAUGAACCGUUGCUGACUACUGUGAGUACUCUUCUAACAAAUUCAGUCCACAAUACACAAGUAAACUUGCCAGCAUUUUCUAGAGUCUCAGGAAGUAGUCAGGAUUCAAACUUAGUUGCCACUGCUACAGCUCGUAUCAACUCUUUGAAAGUAAACAUAGAAGAUCAGGAUGGCAAUAGACCAAGCAGGUGUCAGGACUUUAAGAUAGACUGCCCAUUUAGUGCUUCCUUGAAUAUAAUGCCAUUAAUGGUUUCUACAGUGUGCUUUGUGUGUGGUGAAAAAUCUCUCCCUGGACACACCUUUCCUCUUGGAGCCAUUCCAAACAGAAAUGAAAAUCCAUUUUUCCCAUUUCUACUUAAACACCCCUCUCCUAUUGGAAGUCAACCUCUCACAGAUUAUGGGAGUUGUUUAGUGUGCACAUUUUGUUAUCAUUCUUUGAUGGCACAGUGGUUUGCAUAUGAAACUUCUCCCUAUGCUGAAGAUGGCCAUCCUUGGGAUCGUAAAUAUAACACCCACCAUUAUGUGUGCUUUAUAUGUGGGACAACAACAUACCGUCAGCGUGUUCGUACUAUAUUCGUAAGAGAUUUUCCUUUCUUAAUUGAUCACCCAAGGCCUCCUGGUGCCUUGACUCUUGCCAAUGGAAGAUCUGUAGUGACUUGUCUAACUUGCUAUGAGUUUUUGAUGUCACAGUGGAAAGACUUUGAAAGGAUGAAAGUUCCUGUGGAACUCCGAAAAUACAACUGGAUUGUUCUGCCUCCUCCUCCUGAAAGUGAUGCUGCUCGUAUUAAUCAGUGUUUGCAGUCGGUGUCUAGUCCCAGUCCUGGCAUUAGAUGGUCAGUAUCAGUUUCAGAAAGCUGUGAUACAGAAAGGAUACAGAACUUAACAAAUUCAUUGAUUCAGCAAGGACUCCCUCAUGGGUCUAGAUCUCUUUCUGGAACAGUGCAGCCUUCCUCUAGUGGGCCACAAAGAGCUGGGAAUCAGAACCUUCAGACAUCAUCACCAGUGGACUAUGCCUCAUCUCAUGCUAGUAGUGUUAUUGUGUCAUAUGGUACAACUAGCAACAACCCAGCUCUUAAGGCAACCCGUACAUCAAGUUUUGCUGCAGCACUGCGGAAACUUGCAAAACAAGCUGUAGAUCCUGUCAUAGAAACUGCUGCUUCACCUGUCAGCCCUGUAUCCACACCAUUACCAGCCCACCGAUCAACUACUCCUAAACAGCACAUUUUGACCAGUAGUCAGUCGUCCAUGCCUUUGGUUCAUUCAUUAGCAGUUAGUGUCUCUCCAACAUUAAGCUAUGCCACUCACACUACUGAGAGUAAAAACAAGGAUGCUGAGUUAUCAAGGCAUUCACAAGGUGGCAGCACAAGUAGUUUAAUGGAGCCAUUAAGCCUCAAGAUCGAUAGAUCUACAUCCAGAACAACAAACAGUGGUUAUUAUGGUGGUGUCAAGAGAGAAGAACUGUAUUAUGGGAACAGCGAUAUCAUUAGACAUCCCCCAUCUUCUCUUCAAAGAACUGAAACUGGCAGAGAGUCUGAAGAGAGUCAUGUAUCUUCCAGUGGCUUUCAGAUUUAUAGAAAUGUUGAAGGGGUGCGAAGCUCUAUUCCAGCUCACAUUCCAUCUUAUGAACAUCCAGUGUCAUAUCCUUAUCAAGCAACUUUUCUACCACCACCUCCUCCAUUUUCACAUCAUACAUACAGACAUGAAGAUGCCAUGUAUUUGGACCAUUAUGGACUACUGAAAACUCCUACAUCUCAUUUACCUACUUCAUCAGGAAGUUUACAUCUCCCAGGUUUGCCAUGUGUAACUGGAAAUCCUUACCCUCCAGAACUCUUAGGGCAGUCUGUAAGAGUCGCAUCUCCAAGCAGUUCCAUUACUGUCCGUGAAAGGGCCAAAUUUGAAGAGGAGUGGGGGCAAGAGUGCUCCAGAAAUUCUUCCAGAGAAGGCAUGAAUCACUUUGUUCAAAAUCCAUUACCUGUUGCAUUAUCCAGGAAUUCUGAAUCUCCAGGUCAUCCUGGAUCCAUCACCCAUGGUACACCUCGAGAACAGUCUAGCAAACAUUCCUCUCCACCUGUUACAUCCUUCUCUGCACCUCUCAACCUUGUCAGAAGCAACAGCCAAAACAGUAAUAAAUGGGUUCCUCAUUAUCGAAUGUCGCACCAACAAAAUAAAAGUCAACAAGAAGGAUUAGGAUUUCAUCACUCAUUACUUUUACAGCAGGACCUAAAGCAGCAUCUGGCAGUAACAGGAAGAAAGGUGGUAGCGAGUGAAAUGGAGCUUAUCAACAGAGAGAAAAAUGAUAUAAUCAAACAUUCCAUUCCUCAGAGAAGACAAGGUUCAAAUUCUCCAAUUGUGGACAGACUUCAUAUACAACACUCGCCUUUACCUAACUCUAGUCUUUUGAUACAUUCAGACAGGUCAACUGUCAAACCAUCUCUGUAUUCCACAAGAUUUGACUCACCAGAUAGAUUAACCCUUCUUAAUCAGGAAAGAAAAAGUGUUAUAUCUGCUGACACAAGAGGUCGCUCACCAUCUGAACUUACUAAAACGGAACUAGUGUCUCCCAGAGUGGUGGCUCAUCAGAUACCUAAUUUCCAUAACAGCAUAAAUAUACCAGAGGCAACACCAGGACAGAUCUCUACAACUCUGACCUUAGAGGAUAAACAUCACUCUGUAUUAAAAGUUGAAGCUACCUGCAGAGAAUCGACACAAGAAGCUGCUCAUUUUCCUGAAAAAACAAUUACAGACUGUACCAGUGGAUUGCCUAAGCUUAUCAGUAAGCUUGAUUUGGAGUGGGAGAAGCUUCAGAAGGCUAGAUUGGCAGGAAAGUGUGGAUUCAGUGAUGAUGAACUUGACACAGAAGAUGAAGAUGAGGAAAAUCACUUGAGAGAGAUUCUGAUUAUUACCAAAGGGCCUCCUCUAAAUCUUGAUCUCAGUCCAAAGAAACUGGAAUUUCUUAGAAUAUUUGGGCUUAUAUCUCAUCAAAAGAGACAAGAUUUUUUAUAUGAAACAGAGCUGUUGACAAAAUAUGACAUACCAGGGGUUAGUGCGAUACCUCAUCACCACAGUCCUGCAGUUGGGCAAAGGGGUGACUCUAAAGAUCGGAGAGUGGUCAUCAUAGGUGAUCCCACACAAUCAGACAAAAAAACGAAAAAGUUAGCCAAAGAUUUUGUACACGAGUUUCACAAGUCUGUGUUAGAGACUACACAGCAACAGCUAGCUGAACAAAGUCGCCAGUGGUCAGCAGAGAGUAGGACAGGAGUCACUCCAUCUCCAACAACAUGCUCUUCUGAAAGAGUAGAGAACUACCAUUGGCCUGGGAUUGAAAUAGUUAUGGAAGCUUAUGAAUGUUACUUAAAAGAACAAAAGCAAGAACAAGAAUUUCUGGUGGAAAGGUGCCAAUACUUAAAGAGGAAAAAUCAAGAUGCUAACCUUGAUGCAGAAAGGCUUCAUUAUCAUAUGACCGAACUCCUAAAACUAAAGCAACGACUUGAUGAAGAAAGACACAGACACCAGGUUUCAGUUGACAACUUAAAGAGGACUCUGCGGCUUAUGAGAUAGUAGCUAAACUGUUUCAAAUGAUGCUUCAAACCUGUAUGAUGUGAUAGGAUUUCUAAAUAAUAUUUGUAGCGUUUUGAGUACACAACAAAGAAAUAGAUUAUCACAGCAGUUUUAGUUUUGCCACACUAUAAUGAUCAUUACUUCGUAGGCUGCCAGAAGACAACCUUGUGUGUUACAGUAGCUUUGUGAUGUAUUCCUUUUCUAGAGACUGCUGUAACUUUUAUAUAUUUUAUUCAUUUGAUAAAGUGAAGUAUCAUAUUAGAAAGACACUCGCUGCUAAAAUUAUUUAUUGCUUCACUCAGUUAGUGUUGUUAACUAUGAAGGACCAAGACUUCAAACAAGGAAACAAAUGUUUUUGCACCAUAACAUUUUUUUAUUAUAUACAUAUUUUGGUGCAAAUGUUUUUAUACUGUUCUGAUAAAGAUUUUGCCAUUAAGUUGCUCAUUGUUUUUAAAACAGCUUUUAAUCAUGUGCUGAGCUUUGUUUAAGCUUAGGAAUUUGUGUUGCAAUUUCAAUUAAAAUGCUAUUUCACUUAAAUAACUGAAGUUUAUAUCGAGCAUUUUUAUAAUAAAAUUGAGCCACAAGUCCUAAAUGAAGGGGUAAUUUUAAUCUUUAAUAAUUAUCACUUCAUUUUUUUUACAGCUUACAUAAACUCUAACUUUUGUGUGUGUGUAUAUAUAUUUAAGUGGAAUUUUUUGUCAUUACCAGUAUAGUACACUACUUAGUAAGCCUUAAUCUCCAUGGUGAGAAUAAAUAAGGAAUAUUCAAAGUACAACAUUGUAUGUAGAGUUUAAAAACUGAACAAUAAAAUGCACUAUGAAAACAUACAACCACAACCAUAUAGACUUCCUUAGUUAGGUUUUAUUCAUAGGAGUUUUCUAGUUUUGUAAUUUCCACAUUAGAUUUUUGUUUAGAAAGAUUGAGAAAAAUAGCAUUUUUUGAUGCAUAAAUUUACUUUUAUGAUCACUAGAUUAAUUUAUUCAAAAUUUUGUGCUCUUACAAAAUUAUAAUAUAAAAUACACCAAUGCAUUUUGCAUUUCUUAAGUAGAAAAGGGGAUUCAGAGACUGUGAAAUUAUUAACACUUGGGAUUCUAGCCAGAUCAGAUGGCUUGAUAUUUUUUCCUUUCUGUAACAUAUACCAAUGCUCAAUGAAAAAUAAUUUCACCAUUAAACAUACAGAAAUCAAAGUAAACUCUCAUUAUGGCUUACUGAGUUCAAAGCAGAGAAAGAGAAUAGACAAGAAUUGACAAGUGUGCAAGAUGAAAGAUGGCACCUUUGUUGCAAAAUUGACUCUCUCAAAACUCCUAAAGACUAGUUAUGAAUCUCAUGAAGAACUAAUUAACUUUUUAAUUACUUAAUACACUGGGGGCCUGAGCUUGAAUGUGAGUUAAAUGAGAGAGCAUAGCAUUAUAUACAAAAUUCUAUAAUUCCAUUCCUCUAGGACACGUGCUACAUACAUCACUGAAAAUAGACAUUGAUGUGUUCAAAAUUCUGUAAUGUCAUCUCUGCAUCACUAUUGGUCAUUUCAAUAAAAAAUAUUAAGGAUGAAGUAUCCUCAAGGCACCAUCUAAUUCACCAGUGGAAAAGAUCACAGUCUACUUUCAAAUGCCAUUUUCAACUUUACAAAAAUCUUUUACGUGGGAAGGCACACAUAGGUGAAUGAUCCAAAACAAUAGGUAACUAAAGCAAAAGGAACUUAGCUACUUUCUUCACCAAUGUUCUUUGUUAAACUACGUACACUUAUAUGUAUGAAAAUUUAUGUAAGAAGGAGUAGAAGACAGGUAGGCCUUUAUACUACACCUUUUCUCUCUCCACUUUACCUUCAGACCACCCCUAACUUUAAAACUUAAAAACAAUUAAAUAAACACAUACAAAGACAGGGUAGAUAAACCCAUUAACAUUGAUCAAAUCAUAAUUUCACUUUUCAAAAUAUCAUUUAACAAUGACAAAUAACACAUCAUAUAUAACCCAAACAAACAGGUGACAUAAAUUAAAUUUUUUUUUAUGAUGCAAAAUUCUUUUUAACAAUAAUUUGGUGGUAAGACAUCACUACAGUAGCACAUAAACCAGAAUGUAAUCACAAGGAUUCAGUAUAAAAAAAAAAAAAA